GGAAGUGCGAUGCCGUCAUGCACUGGUCAUCUUUGCGGGGCAGACUAUCGAUAGUCGCUCUGUUUGCUGCUUGGGAGAAGCCCGUCGCCGAAUGCGAACCUGCAUGUUUUAGGUAACAGGAACCAGGAAGCUAAACAUCAAGUCCAAGCAGCUAGGUAGGUUUAUCUGCAGGAACUCGAGUCGAAUCGUCAUUUGCCGGAGCUGCUGCAGCUUGGCUGAUCACUUUCCAUUACGAGUACUUUACUCUCCGACUGCUUCGCGGGGUGGUGUUUUUUUUUUGUGAAAGCUCCCCCUCACUCCUCCUACCCUCUCAUUCCCUACUAUUCGUGAAGCUUGCUGGUGGUCGUUUCGCAAAUAUGCUUCUCAAGUCCCUUGCCUUGCUGGCGUGUGCCAGCUGUGCUCUUGCCCACGGUGACCACGAUCACAACCAGGAACCCAUCUCUGGACCCCACAAGUCGUUGUGGUACAACACCAUUCCAGGUGAUGGAGGUACACAGGCUGAUUCAGUGUUCUCCGGAAUCUCGACCUUUGGCCGACUCCCCUACUUCCCUUGCUUGGCUAGCGACGAGGAGAAAUAUGACAUUGCGUUCAUAGGCGCACCGUUCGACACGGGAACAUCAUACAGACCUGGUGCUCGUUUCGGGCCCAGCGGGAUCAGACAAGGUUCUCGACGCCUCAAUCUCUAUGGCGGGUACAAUGUGCCCAUGGAUGCCAACCCCUUCAACUUCUGGGGCAAAGUCAUUGACUGCGGUGACAUCCCUGUUACUUCAUAUGACAACCACUACGCCCUUCAGCAAAUUGAAGAAGGCCACAACGCACUCCUCACCCGCACGCCCUACACUGCCGCCAAAGAGCCCGGCAUCAGCAAGUCCGGCAAGACGCUCCCCCGUCUCAUCACGCUCGGAGGUGACCACACCAUCACCCUUCCCCUGCUCCGCAGCAUCAACCAGGCCUACGGUCCCAUCAGCGUAAUCCACUUCGACUCCCAUCUCGAUACCUGGAAACCCAAGGUUUUCGGCGGUGCACCGUCCAAGCAAGCAGCAAUCAACCACGGCACAUACUUCUACUGGGCCAGUGAAGAGGGUCUCUUGGCCAACGACAGCUCCAUCCACGCCGGUAUUCGCACAACCCUGUCCGGCCCCUCAGACUACGACAACGACGGAUACUGUGGCUUCACGCGCGUCGAGGCCCGCGAAAUCGACACCAUCGGCAUCAACGGCAUCAUCGAACGGAUCAGAAGUCGCGUCGGUACCAAGAACCCUGUCUACCUAUCCAUUGACAUUGAUACUCUUGACCCAGCGUUCGCGCCUGCCACCGGAACACCAGAGACGGGAGGCUGGACCACACGUGAACUGCGCACAAUUAUCCGUGGUCUCGAGGGGAUCAACUUCGUGGCUGCGGAUCUUGUCGAAGUCGCGCCCGCGUAUGAUACCAAUGCUGAGUUGACGACGAUGGCGGCGGCGGAUGUGCUGUACGAGGUCAUGACUAUUAUGGUCAAGAACGGUCCUCUGACUCUCAAUGCCACGCAGGCAGACAAGGAGCCUAAAGUGAUUGUGGACAACGAGAUCAAGAGAUGGUAAAGGUGGAGACCCUAUGGGUACGCGAGGACUGAGGUCACCCAAUUACUACGCAAGGCGCCAGUUGGGCUUAAUCUUUGUUGGGCUCUCUGGAGAGACGGCAAGAAGUCAGAGCAGACCUACAUAGAGAAGUUGCAAUAUAGUAGGGGCAGACAAAAUGAAAAGCUGGAAAAGCAAAUCAAAACGAGGGAAAUUGUGCAAACAAGGAACUCUUUCAAUGAUUAACGGUC